AUGGCGAGGAAUUCGGAGAAGGCGAACGCCAUGCUCAACAGAUGGCUGCGUGUCAAAAGCGGCUUGUCGAUGCACGACAUCAACUUGAUGCGGAGGCCUCGCCACACCUCGGAGGUGGAGGACGUGCGAACUGCCGAGCACUGGCGCAACCUGGUGGUCAAGGAUGUCAUGAUCUCGAUUUCGCGCAUCCAGAACGCAAGCUUGGGCGAGUAUGCGAUCAGGGAUCUCAACGAUGAGAUCAACCGUUUGAUCGGUUUGCGCAAGCGCUGGGACGAGAGAGUCAUCGAGUUGGGUGGACCGGAUCAGCGUGCCCUCUCUUCCUCCAUCGAGAAUGCACAUGGAGCUGAGCUAAAGGUGGGAGGCGGCGGUUACCGCUAUUUCGGAGCCGCUAAGAACCUACCGGGUGUACGCGAACUAUUUGAGAAGCAGGAGAGUGACCAGAGGAUGGCAGACACUUACGUGACGCGUGCAGAACUGUAUCGCAUGAUAAAUCCAGACUACUACGGUUUCCGUGACGACGAGGACGGGCAUCUGUCCAGGGCAGAGGCGGAAAUGGAGCGUUCGUUGCAUCGAGCACACCUGGCUGAGGUGGGUGAAUUAAACCUGGACCCAGCCGACCUGGAGCACGAUGACCUAGAAUGGGAUGAGUCUCUUAGGGAGAUAAUUGCCGAAUAUCUGGAUACUAAACCAAAACGUGUGGAUCCGGGAUUGGAUACGGCCUGA